UCUGGACCUGAAGGUGCAUGGCAGGGCAUCACUCCAAGACAGCCAUCCUUCCUCCCAGCAAGCCCACCUGGUGGCCAGCUCAUGGGUGGUGUACAAUACACCAAUCUACAAUUGUUUAGUUUGUUCAUGAACAAUGAUAUACUGCAAGUCAUUGUGAACAAUUCAAACAAGUUUGGAGAAACCAACCACCCAGGCACCUUUCAGAGGAUCACCUUGGCAGAGAUGAUGUUGUACAUGGCGAUGACCAUCUAUAUGGGACUAGUCAAGACACGGCGCAUCAAUGAUUAUUGGAGGUCUGAGCUAUAUGCCUUUUCCUUUCCAUCAAGCGUGAUGUCAGGACGCAGGUUCAAAGCCAUCUCGCGUGCCCUCCACCUCAGUGACCCUGAUGAUGAUGCUGCCAAUAAUUCAAAAAGAGGCACAGAUGGGUACGAUAGGCUUUGCAAAAUCAAGCCAUUGUACAAUGAGUUUAGACAGAUGUGCAUGGUGCAUUACCAACCCCACCAGUGUGUUGCUAUAGAUGAGAGGAUGGUCGCGUCCAAAGCCCAAAGCGGAAUCCGCCAGUAUAUGAAGAACAAGCCUGUGAAGUGGGGUUAUAAGCUGUUUGUGCUGGCGGAUUCCAGAAAUGGUUACACCUGGGACUUCUUUGUCUAUGAAGGCAAGGGAUCACCCAUUGUCAAGGGGCUCAGCUACGACUCUGUUAUGCGGCUCAUGAAUACGCAUUUGCUUGGUACCGGGUACAAGUUAUACGUGGAUAACUUUUACACAAGCCCAGAUCUCUUUCGUGACCUGCUGGCCAAGAAGAUCUGGGCCUGCGGUACCAUUCGCAGACAGCGUAUUGGGUUCCCGAAAGACAGGCCAGGCGGGCUUGAGAGGUCGUCUCCCCGGGGCACCAUUUGCUGGAUCCGUGAGGGGCCCAUUGUAUUUGUUCAGUGGAGGGACACCAGAGAUGUGCUAAUGUGUUCCACCAUUCAUGCGGCACAUGGAGAGGAUAGUGUCCGGAGACGGAUAAAGGGGGCAGAUGGGCAAUGGUCUGUGCAGGAUGUUUCCAUUCCACCAGCCAUCAAUGAUUACAACAGGAACAUGGGUGGUGUGGACCUGUCUGAUGCCUUGAUUGGCUAUUACAACACCCUGCACAAAACCAAGAAGUGGUACUGGUCUUUCCUGUACCACUUCAUCGACAUCGCCAUUGUCAAUGCCUUCAUCCUGUACAAGGAGAUCGCCACUGCAAGGCAGGAGAAGGUGAUGACACAAAUGGCCUUCCAUGAGACCCUGGUGAUGGAACUCAAAGCAGUUGGUUCUACCACCACAGCCCCUCUACAGCCACCCCCUCCUGCUCCCCAAGGUGCCGCACACAAGCCUGUGCACUUUUCACUGGAUAGUGCCGUAGGUCGGAGGAGGUGUGUCCACUGCCACCAGAAGACCACCGUAAAAUGCUCCUCCUGUGACGUGUCCCUGUGCUUCACAAAUAGCAGGGACUGUUAUAACACAUGGCACACACUGAACAAUCUCUAAAAUGUCAAUUUUUUGGGCACAGUUUUGAUAG